AUGUCGGUUCACACCUUCGAAGAACGAUAUGGACACAGCCAUAUACGGCGUCACUCGUCCGUGCUUAGCGAGAAGACCCCCCCUCUCUCCCCACGGCGCAAGCCUCUGCGCAGCCAGAGCACCCGGGUCAGCAACGGCACCAUCAACACAGACCUGAGCGUCUCGUCAGGGCAGGCUUCGCAGCUCUCGCAGGGCACCUCGGUCACCGUCCCGCCGUCAUACUCGAAGAAGUUCGUGGUCGUGGGGGACGGCGGCUGCGGCAAGACGUGUCUCCUUAUCAGCUACUCCCAGGGAUACUUUCCAGAGAAAUACGUCCCGACUGUGUUUGAGAACUACAUCUCGCACACCAUACACAAGCCGUCGGGCAAGGGCGUCGAGCUGGCUCUAUGGGACACCGCAGGACAGGAGGAGUACGACCGACUACGCCCCUUAUCCUACCCGGAGACAGACCUGCUCUUCGUCUGCUUUGCCAUUGACUGUCCUGUCUCGCUAGAAAACGUCAUGGACAAGUGGUACCCUGAAGUACUGCACUUCUGUCCAACAACCCCCCUCAUACUCGUGGGCCUCAAGUCCGACCUUCGCUCAAACCGUACCUGCAUCGACUUCCUCAAGGCCCAGGGUCUCACCCCCGUCACUCCACAGCAGGGCCAGACCGUUGCAGAACGCAUGGGUGCAACAUACGUCGAGUGCAGCAGCAAACAGAUGAUUGGCGUCGACGAGGUGUUUGAGCUUGCCGUCAACACCGUCAUCGACAUCGAGGAGAGUGCCUGGACCUCCAAGGACUCGUCUAGGGGUAAGGGCGGCAAGAAGGUGAAGAAGAGAAGUUGCAAGAUUCUCUAA